AUGUCCUCCUCCAAUCAGAAGCAGUGCAUGACGACCGAACUCUAUAACUUAAAUCAACAAGCUUCAAGAACACAGGUGGGACUCCUACCGAGAAGCUUCAAGAACACAGGUGGGACUCCUACCGAGAAGCUUCAAGAACACAGGUGGGACUCCUACCGAGAAGCUUCAAGAACACAGGUGGGACUCCUACCGAGAAGCUUCAAGAACACAGGUGGGACUCCUACCGAGAAGCUUAAAGAACACAGGUGGGACUCCUACCGAGAAGCUUCAAGAACACAGGUGGGACUCCUACCGAGAAGCUUCAAGAACACAGGUGGGACUCCUACCGAGAAGCUUCAAGAACACAGGUGGGACUCCUACCGAGAAGCUUCAAGAACACAGGUGGGACUCCUACCGAGAAGCUUCAAGAACACAGGUGGGACUCCUACCGAGAAGCUUCAAGAACACAGGUGGGACUCCUACCGAGAAGCUUCAAGAACACAGGUGGGACUCCUACCGAGAAGCUUCAAGAACACAGGUGGGACUCCUACCGAGAAGCUUCAAGAACACAGGUGGGACUCCUACCGAGAAGCUUCAAGAACACAGGUGGGACUCCUACCGAGAAGCUUCAAGAACACAGGUGGGACUCCUACCGAGAAGCUUCAAGAACACAGGUGGGACUCCUACCGAGAAGCUUCAAGAACACAGGUGGGACUCCUACCGAGAAGCUUCAAGAACACAGGUGGGACUCCUACCGAGAAGCUUCAAGAACACAGGUGGGACUCCUACCGAGAAGCUUCAAGAACACAGGUGGGACUCCUACCGAGAAGCUUCAAGAACACAGGUGGGACUCCUACCGAGAAGCUUCAAGAACACAGGUGGGACUCCUACCGAGAAGCUUCAAGAACACAGGUGGGACUCCUACCGAGAAGCUUCAAGAACACAGGUGGGACUCCUACCGAGAAGCUUCAAGAACACAGGUGGGACUCCUACCGAGAAGCUUCAAGAACACAGGUGGGACUCCUACCGAGAAGCUUCAAGAACACAGGUGGGACUCCUACCGAGAAGCUUCAAGAACACAGGUGGGACUCCUACCGAGAAGCUUCAAGAACACAGGUGGGACUCCUACCGAGAAGCUUCAAGAACACAGGUGGGACUCCUACCGAGAAGCUUCAAGAACACAGGUGGGACUCCUACCGAGAAGCUUCAAGAACACAGGUGGGACUCCUACCGAGAAGCUUCAAGAACACAGGUGGGACUCCUACCGAGAAGCUUCAAGAACACAGGUGGGACUCCUACCGAGAAGCUUCAAGAACACAGGUGGGACUCCUACCGAGAAGCUUCAAGAACACAGGUGGGACUCCUACCGAGAAGCUUCAAGAACACAGGUGGGACUCCUACCGAGAAGCUUCAACACAGGUGGGACUCCUACAGAGAAGCUUCAUGAACACAGGUGGGACUCCUACCGAGAAGCUUCAUGAACACAGGUGGGACUCCUACAGAGAAGCUUCAACACAGGUGGGACUCCUACAGAGAAGCUUCAACACAGGUGGGACUCCUACAGAGAAGCUUCAACACAGGUGGGACUCCUACAGAGAAGCUUCAACACAGGUGGGACUCCUACAGAGAAGCUUCAACACAGGUGGGACUCCUACAGAGAAGCUUCAACACAGGUGGGACUCCUACCGAGAAGCUUCAACACAGGUGGGACUCCUACCGAGAAGCUUCAACACAGGUGGGACUCCUACCGAGAAGCUUCAACACAGGUGGGACUCCUACCGAGAAGCUUCAACACAGGUGGGACUCCUACCGAGAAGCUUCAACACAGGUGGGACUCCUACCGAGAAGCUUCAACACAGGUGGGACUCCUACCGAGAAGCUUCAACACAGGUGGGACUCCUACCGAGAAGCUUCAACACAGGUGGGACUCCUACCGAGAAGCUUCAACACAGGUGGGACUCCUACCGAGAAGCUUCAACACAGGUGGGACUCCUACCGAGAAGCUUCAACACAGGUGGGACUCCUACCGAGAAGCUUCAACACAGGUGGGACUCCUACCGAGAAGCUUCAACACAGGUGGGACUCCUACCGAGAAGCUUCAACACAGGUGGGACUCCUACCGAGAAGCUUCAACACAGGUGGGACUCCUACCGAGAAGCUUCAACACAGGUGGGACUCCUACCGAGAAGCUUUAUGAACACAGGUGGGACUCCUACCGAGAAGCUUUAUGAACACAGGCCAAGAAAAGAGCUGGAUGAUGGAAUCAAAGGGCUUUCACCACUUCACCACCACAGAAGAAGAAGCAGUACCAAGGGCUUGGACACAUUUCCAUACAACAUGUACAUUAGUUUAUCAACAAUAAAGAAAGAUCAGGUUGUUCUUUUCUUCUUUCUCUAA